GCGGGAGCUAUUCGUUCGAUGAACUUUCCACCGGCGAAGGCUGCGCAAACGCCUCCAGGCGCGUCAAGCGCACGCCAGUCUCCAAACAUAUUCUUGGCGUGUUGGACGUUGGUACAUUUUUUGUCGGCUUUCCGCGAUUUUCUCACGACAUCAGUUUUGUCCCAAUUGGCACAGGAGCUACAGUGAAGUGAUCGUAAAGUGUUUAUCAAUAGUGGAAUAUAGUAUUUUAUGCAAUUAAAUUUGAAUGCGGAAUGAUAAUCGGACUUGUGAAGGAACAUCGACUGCCGAAGCCUACUGUACAGAUAUGGAGAGCUUAUCACCAUUCGCGGGAAAUUACAUAAUACAUAUAAGCACGAAAGCAGUGACCACUAAUGUUUGGGUGGGCGGUGGCGCGAUGCGAGAGGAGGACCUGGAGGUGGCCCUCAAGGUGGUGAUCGUGGGCGACGGCGGCGUCGGCAAGUCCAGCAUGAUCCAGCGGUACUGCCGCGGCACCUUCACUAGGGACUACAAGAAGACCAUCGGAGUCGACUUCUUGGAGAGACAGAUUGAGAUUGACGGCGAGGAAGUCCGGCUGAUGUUAUGGGACACGGCGGGGCAGGAGGAGUUCGAUGCCAUUACGAAGGCGUAUUACCGCGGCGCCCAUGCAUGCGUACUGGCCUUCAGCACUACGGACAGAGACUCCUUCCUCUCACUGCAUUCAUGGAAACUCAAGAUGCACGGGUUUCACGCAUUCAUCUUCACGUUCCUUUAUUUGCUGUGUGGCGUGAAUUCGAUAAAUUAUGGCAACAGGGAGUCAUUCUGCAUACGAUACUAUGCAACCGGAGAAAAGUUUGACUUGAAGGAAUUGCCUGCGCAAAUGUAUGGAGUUUACUACUGGCCGCCGAGACAGAGGCAACGGGACAGCUGCGUAAAUAUCAAUUUCGCGGAGGUCUCAGACGAUGAAGAAACAUCGGAUGACUGCAGUAACCCUUACGACUUGGACGAGACUGUGAUAAAGGCGUCUUACACCAACAGCACAGGCAAGAGAGUCAGCCUCCUUUACUACGGAGGAGAAGAAGUGGAGAAUGAAUGCGGCGAGAUACCCACGAUCAUAGUUCAAAAUAAAAUUGAUUUAAUGGAUCAAUGCGUCGUUGGACCAGAUGAAGCUGAACUAGUAGCAAGAGCACUAGGAUGUCGGUUGAUGCGUGCGUCAGUAAAAGAAGACGUUAAUGUCGGAGCUGUGUUCAGAGCUUUAGCUGCACGGUGCUUGUCUGACAUGCGGCGUGAUGAUGCCGACACAAUGCCGCCGUGCCAACAACCUGUCAUAGGAACAUUUACAAACCACAACAGUAAUGGUACAAUUCUGCUGCGGCCAACGAAACAUCGGCCGGGCGGCAAGAAGAAGAACGUACUAAGAAACGCUUGCAGACUACUGUGAUGAUCACACGCUUCUGUAUAACUGCUCAACACUUUAUUUUGUAAUUGUUAUAGUAUUACAAAACAUCUAAAUGACCUGUAAAGGAUGAAAAACAAUCUGUCC